AUGACUGAUGCAUUAAUGCCGCAUGGCUUGUCUUGUCUAUCAAAGCUAUUGAACAGACCGCAGACUUUACCACCUUGUCACGUCUUGGCUUUACCUCGGCGUUUUCGUUGCAACAAGUCGCUUCUUCAUGAUAAUGCCAAAAWAAGUCAUGCAGAAAAUGGAAAUUUGGAUGAAGAGGAAGAUAAACUUCCUUCUCUUAAGUGUUCAUCUUUGGUAUAUCGCGAAAACUCCUGYCGUAACGAGCAAGAUGAGGAUGACGACGAGUUAGAUAAACAGACGCAUGACAAUCCCGCACAGAUCUCGUUCACGCCCAAGGCGGAUAUGGUACGGCGUGACCAUACAGGGUCCUUGGAAGAGUGUGCAGGGCUAUGGCAGGAGAUCGCACCUAGCUGGGAUAGAAUACAAAUCAGGUUCAAUAGAUGUCGACCCUAUGAAAUUGAAAGGAGAAGUGCCAAACYUCAAUGCACAAUUGAGAGGCCAGUUGAAACGAAAAACAAGCCUCGAAAAGAAUAUGUUAAAGUCAUCGAUCCGUUAACAAAGAAGGAAGUCCAGUUUACCAAACAAGUUCCAGGCUACUGUGGCUACGUCCCUCGGUACCCCGUACUGCCCAAGCCACCAGAGACUUGCAAAAAUCCUGGCUUUAAAAGUAUUUCAAAGUCAACCUACAGGAAAUUCCCAUCUUAUGAAUAUAMAAARCAAAMGUUUGCSCACAAGGGUCCGUUGUCCAGUAACGUCACCACCACUGCACCAUUUAACCCUUACAACAAACUCGAUCUUAUUUGUCUUAAUGGCAAGAGAUUGAUAUGGAAACGACCAAUUCUUGAGCUCGUCAACAUACAUAUGAAGCAACGAUGAGCCGCUCUCUCAGGCAACCAACCAAGAAAGUCAAGAAAAACGCUAAUGAACUAUAUAGAUCGUUUGAUGUGGUUACUAUAGACACUAUAUAAUUUACGUCAUCAGGUUUUCUAAACUGACAAUCAAAUGCUUUAUCAUUAUAAAAUAAUUAUAUAGAAUGUUGUAAGUAAUUCUAUAUUUGUUGGUUGUAUUGCCAAAUUGUUUUUAAUACUUCUUUAUUUAUGUCAUAUAAAACUCAUUUACAAUCUGA